UUUCAUCUAUUGAAAUGCACGCGGGGCGUCGUUGAGAACGAGCCACGCCGGUUUAUCUUCGAAAUAGAGAAUCCGGUCGAUCGUCAAACAAAAACUUUAAUUCGUGGACUUCGGUGUAAAAUUGUGAUAAUUAGUGAUAUCCGCGACCUUUCGGUGCUGGCAACCGAGCGGCAUUUAUUUCUCUCCUUGGUUGAAAAGUGAUGCAUAGUGAGUGAAAGCAUGGGUCCGACGGAACGAACAGGCUCGCGGCGAUCUCCAGAGCCUCCCCUGCCGCCGCCCAUACAGCCUUGCAGUGGCUUCCUCGGCAAUGGCAAAUCGGUGAUAAGGCCGAUAGCGUUCAAGCCGCUGGGCGGGCGGCUGUCUGCGGGCGGCGAGCGGUACGGCUCCACGCCGGUGCUGGCCAGUCGACCGCCGUCGCUUAUGACGUUAUAUGGAAGUUCAUCCGAUGUCCGCGAAUCUCGUUGGUGCGGCUCCCCGCAACCCGCGUCGCUCUCCGCGCUGCCGCCCUCCACGCUCUCCGCCCCGCUUCACCAACGGCAUCACUCUGCGAUCGUGACCAAAUCGAGCUCUGUGCUGGGGUCUGAUACCAAGGAGCCAGUGCCCGCACCUUCGCCAGCUGACUCCGGCGUUUCGGAAUUAGAACGAGAUCAACAUGAUUACAGCACAGCAGACCGUCUCCGCAGUCACGACGUCCGUCUUCGAGCGCCGCGUCUCAUGUUACAGAGCUACGGGAGUAGGACGAGAGACGAGAGAGAUGCAGAGUUGGCAAGAGUUAGACGAGAUAGGGCGUUGUUGAGACAGAGGCUAGAGGACACUGAGUGGAGCUUGUGCCAGAGAGCUGGAGAGAUUUCGCUGUUGAAGACUCAACUGAAAGAUGCUCAGAAUGAACAAACCGCCAAGGGUCACGAAUACCUGACAUUGAAAGCCGAUUGCCGUCAACUACGAGAGGCUAUGGACAAAAAGGACAAAGAAAUAAUGAGACUACGGGCUGAAUCAGACGAAAAAGACAAAUCAGUGAAAAGGUUGCAGACGGAAGUCGACCGACUAACGAAAGACUUGAUGGAAAGCGUUACAGACCUAACUAAAACUAAAGAGAGCAGUAAAAAUGAAAUUGAGAAACUAAAAACCGAAGUAAAAGAACUGAGACAGGAACUCUCAGACGUAUCUCUGAGUGGAUACGAAGGAAUCGAAUGUGGACGAACCAUGAGGGGGAUCUACGAUGUAUGCAAAACAAAUGAAUAUCACUGGACAUCCAGUGACAGUGCUUUAGAAGAUGCCGAAGUACAAAGACUGAAUGGUGAACUACCGGAUUCUUGUGGGGACCCAUGCCCAGCCAGCGUUAUGGUCGAACGACUCAAAUGCGAAAUAGAAAACAAAGAUGUCCAAUUCAACAACGAAAGAAGAAAAUGGUCUGAAGAGAAAGACAAAGUACUGAGAUACCAGAAACAGUUACAGAUGAACUACGUACAAAUGUUCAAACGAUCUCGCAAUCUUGAAGCGGAAAUCGACGGCUUGAGGCUAGAACUCGAGCUUUGCAAUAAGAAUAUGAAAAAUCUUAACCAACACAAAACCAUAGAGUUGUAAAUGUACCAAAUUCUAUAGAAUUUAAUAUUUAUUUAGAUGUUACUAAUGCUUUUGUAAAUAGUUUAAGCGUGUUCUUGCCUUGUGUGGUCUGGAAGGUUGUCAGUUACAAAUAAUGUUAUGAAAAUAUUGUGUUAUAUAUUAUUAUCAAAGAACUUUAAGGCAAUGUCAUUCUCAAAAGCUGUCUUCAAAAAGAAGUAGUUCUGCCUUUAAAAUAAUACUAAAUUAAAUAUUACUGACGCAUACUAAAUUAAAUGUUGUAGAUAUCAACUGGUAGAUAAGUUUGAUGCUCUCUAUUCUAAUUUACUAUCACUUAGGUUGAAAUGUGUAAACCAGACUUUGACUUUGCUUAGACUUAAGUUUCAGUUGAAACGAGACAGAUUUAUGGCAGCCGUAUAGCGCUGUCUCGUUUUAACAGUGUCUUAAGUCUGAGCAAAGCUCUAUAUUAGCCUUAAUUUGCCAAAAGUUGGCAACUCAAUGGAAAUCAGAGGUGAUUGCGAUCGAUGAUUGUGAUUGUAGGGGCAAAUUAUGAAAUAAUUCACUGUCUUUACUUUUUGAAGAGGGUUAAAGUGUCUCUGUCAAUUUUUUUUAUAUAGUGUCAAUUGGAGUCUAUUUUAGAGAUUUGUAUAUAUAGACCCUAUGUGGCUAACUCUGCUGUACUGAGUACAAAAUCUCUAAACUAAGUUAAAAUGACGGGUCAGUUUUUUUAGAUUUGUCAAUUUAGUUUAGUUUAGAAAUACCUAGUUUACAACAGUAUUAGCCACUAUGUAGCAAACUCAAUUCAAAAAAGAACAAUAGUAGUUAGUAUCAUUUUUUUGUGUUUGUUCUAACUUUUGGCAAAAAUACAGUUGACGUCAUGUAAAAAGCACUUUGAUUUCGAAUCUUUGACAGUGCAGUCGCCAUCUGCAGACACAUCUAGAGCUCUUUUUACCUGGCACCAAUUGUUGAGAUGGUAUUAGAUUUUUGGACCUUAAAGCUGAUUUCAUUUCACGCAACGAACAGCAUGCACCGCAGUGACGUCAUUUAGUUUUUCACAAGUACUGAAAAACAAAAUGACGUCAUGAUCCUACUUUUCACCUAUAGUUCACCUUUCACUGAUAGGAGUAUCAGUAUCAGUUUGAAUCGUUUCAAAAUUGUGCAAUUCUACCAGAUGACGAUACCAUACUAUCGUAAAAUCGGUUAGUAUGAUGGAGUUGGGAAGAAGGCAUAGGGGCUCCUAAAGCUUCCUCUAAAUAUUUAGGUUCUAACCUACUUAGUAUUUGUUAGGAAUGAUCCAUCUUGUAGGAUAGGUAAGAAACCAUUGAGUUUGAGUUCUUGUGCUUGUCUCUAUGGACCCUAUGGCUUUUUAGUACAGAGGUCGCAAAACAAGUAGACUAAUCUGUCUACUUGUUUUGCGACCUCUUUAACUAAGUUGCAAAAUGGUAAUUUGUGCAGGCCAUGAAAUACUUAAGCCCAGCUGAGGUCUGCGGGGUGAUCGCUCAGUGUCUAACACUGAAUGAUAGCCACCAAGCUCAUUUGACAUUAGUUGAUUGUACAUUGCUGCUUAUUUGGGCAUAUUAAAAAAAAUUCAAAGAAAACCUUCAAAGCAUUAAAAAUAAAUGUCAAAUGAGCUCGGCUGUUCAGAUUGGUUGGACUACUUGUUUUGCGUGCACUAUACGCUAUUCAUAAAAACGUGCAUUUCUAUUAAGUAUAUUUUUUUGCGUUCUUUGCGUUUCGUCUCGUAAGGUGUGAUCAGCUUUAUUUGAAAAAUACUCAACUGACGAUUAAUUUAAAUGCCCCUUUUAAAUUAUUGUACAUUUACUAGCAUAAUAAUAAAAAUUAAAGCAAUAUAGUUACUUUAUAACGAAGAAAAUAAUACCUACCUACUAUUUUACAAAAUAUUACUAGCUAUUGUAGAUAAUAUUAUUAAUAAUAAUACCUAUUUGUUUUAAAUACA